GUACGUUGCUUAUAUACACGGGGGAAAACAGGGGGCAGAACGUGAGCCAUAUAGGCGACGGUCCCGCCGGGGAAACAAGGGAGGCUUCGUCCUCCGUCCGUCCCGUCCGCGUGUUGAUUCCGCAGGUUAGACCCCGCUGUAGGCGACGGAGCAGUCUGAGGCGUGCUAGGAUGCCCCGGACACGCUUCAUCGAGUGGAACGCGAUUGCGAAAAUCGACGGGCGCGGAGUGCUCUUUGCUCAUCCAAUUGAGCGCCAGAGCCUCAACAACCAGUUCUCCUUCCAGACCCUCCAGCAGUUCAAGAAGUUCUACACGGGCACGGCGUGGGACGGCAUCGUGGCCUACGUCAACAAGGCGUACGAGAUGCAGUGGAGCUACGGCCGCCGCUUCUAGGCGCAUAACAUUCCUUACUCGCCUCGACGAGCAUGGGGGGCCGCGAGAAGGCGGAGCCCGAAUCUUCCGGCGGGCUUGGGAUUGCACGGGUGAGUGUUCGCGCCAGAGAUCGCACAUUCGUACCCCAAGGAACAGGCUCGGAGACGGUGACGACGCGCGCGGCGGCUUAUGGCUUAUUGGUGGCCGCGCCGCGUCCGUCUUCUCGCCGCGUUUUCACGAGGCGCGGCCACCCGCGCUCGACGAAGCUGGAGCGUUGGAUGCUGCGGCCCUCGCUGGCGCCUCACACGCACGACGAUGCUGUCAUGCAGCAGCCGCACUCAGCGGUGCGCCAGGCGGCCAUUUGCAUUCAUGGGGUGGCUACACGUCAGUCGCGGAGUCGUUGCUACUGGUGCGCGCGCCAUCGGUCAUGCUUCUGGGACAGCCGCCGCUCCGCGCGGUCCUUGCGUGCACCGCUGCUGCAUGCUGCAGCAGCAGAGCAGCCACCUUGCCCGGCGCUGAUUCGCGCGCCUCAGAUCGCACAGGUGCAGUUGAGACAUUGAGGCAUCAGCUGCUGCUCCGUGCGUGGCCUGUUGUCGCACAGAGAUUCGUAGCUCGCUUAUACGCGUGCG